UUUCCAGGUUCGACAGAAAGCAGCUCGUUGUUUUGUUGUGGCGGAGUAGAACACCGUACCAAGAAGUUCUGCUGCGUCUUCUCUCCAAGAAAUCGCACUGCCCUGCGAGUCUAUGUGGUAAGGUUUGCUAUGCUCGUGUUGCAGUCUUGCUGUUGAAAAGUUACUGGGUGUGACUCUGCAUUCGAGGGUCGUAGCUCUGCUCUCUACCCUCUGUGGGCAAGCAACGCUGUGGACAUGGCGAGGACGACGCCUGCACACGCGGCGCGUUGGCCCCUGGCCAUCCUGAUAUUCACUCACGCUGUGUCCGGGCAAUUCCUGAACGUCGUUAGCAAUGUGUCGCAGAACAUCCAAGUGGCCACCGAACAGACCUGGGAAGGAGCUACCCUGUCGUUUUGCAUCGACACGACAGGCAGUAUGUACGAUGACUUGCUUCAGGUCAGGAAUGGCGUCAGGAACAUCUUCAGAGCCAUCUCGGAGCAGCAGGAGAUCCCCAUCGUCAACUACGCGUUGGUGACCUUCCACGACCCAGAGGUUAACCUCGCUACGCUCACUGCCGAUCAGGCGACGUUUGAGAAUGCGGUGGAGGCAUCGCUGGAAGUGCACGGCGGAGGGGAUUGUCCCGAGAUGGCAGUCGGCGGUAUCAACCUGGCGCUGCGACGCUCCCUCCCGCGAUCCUUCAUAUUUGUGUUCACUUACGCCUCGGCCAAGGACUACCAACUGAAAACCCAAGCACUGAGCUUGAUUCAGGAAACCCAGAGUCAGGUCAUAUUCGUAUUGACGGGUGACUGUAAUGAUCAAAGCGGAGAAGGGUUCCGAGCCUUCAAAGACAUUGCUGCUGCAUCAGCUGGCCAGAUUUUCUUUCUCCGGCAAAAGAAUGAGGUCGCCGAAGUAUUGAAGUUUAUCGAGAUCUCUGUCAACGCUAGGCAGGUGAACAUACUGUCUAUGGAGACACGACCGGGUGCUGCACGUUAUCAAAUUCCCGUGGAUGGCAGCUUGCAGCAGCUGAUUGUGUCGGUCAGUACAAACACAACAACUGGAGUCAACGUUCGUCUGCCGGAUGUUCGCGUCACGAGUCCCAAUGGCCAGGAGUUCUUCCCGACCGUCGAUCUCGGCUCUGUGGUUGUGAUAAAUAUUACCAAGCCUGCUGUGGGCUGGUGGAAUCUAUUUGUGGACUCACCACUGCCGUACAGCGUGCGCGUCAAGGGCGUGAGCCUUCUCGACUUCAAGAUACACUUCACGGUCGCGAGUGGAACACAGCGUGUCUUCAUCACCAGGCCUGUUGAAGGCCAGUCAUCGUUCAUUGUGCUUCAGCCCAGUGAUGCUGCAGGCCAUCUUCUAGUCACCGGCAUGCAACUCAUAAACCUUGCUGGUACCGUCAUCCAUGACAUUCCUCUCAACUGGACAACGUCAAAUCCCUACCCGAGGCUGGCUCAUCCAGGAUUCGAGGCACCUCAGCAGCUCUUCUACGUGCGUGUGCAGGGUAUCGAUUCUCAAAACAUGACGUUCUAUCGCCUCACGCCAACACCUGUCCAGCCAGGGUUACCAUCGCCUCCAACCGUGAUUGAUUGGCUUACGGAUAUCAGUGGUGAACUAGGUGGUUCCGUGCAGCUCAGAUGCGAUUACCGCAGCUUGGUGCAGGCGUCCGCUGUGUGGUGUCGUGAUGGCGUUCCAAUCGACACAAUCAGUCGGACAGAUCCAAGGUUCCUGGUGUUGGCAGAUGGCAAGCUUCUCAUCACCAGACUUUCUUUGAAUGAUGCGAAUUGCUAUCGCUGUCAAGUAGUUAGCAUAGCUGGAAACGAUACAGGCCGGCCAGUGUGUCUGGAGGUGCUGCAGCCACCGCGCAUCACACAGCCUGCCCAAGGCCAAUGCAACACCAGUGUCGUGCCAGGGAAUGGCUUCCAGCUACAGUGUAGAGCAUCAGGGGACCCAACACCAACAAUCAGCUGGCAGAAAGACGGGAUUAAAAUCGAAAGCACGUCCCGCAUGCGAGUUUUCAGCAAUGGUCUGCUGCGAGGGCGCCAAGCUUUGCCGGGCGAUGAUGGACGCUACACGUGUGUGGCUGAGAAUGGUGUACGCCGACCGGACACUAGGGAUUGCUACAUCCUACUGAUGACUGCAUCGUCGUUCACCAGUGUCAGUGAUGUGAUUGCCAUCGUUGGGCAACGGGCCAUUCUCAUCUGUCUCUCUGAUGGCUCGCCCACGCCUCAGAUCACGUGGUGGGACGGGCAGGAUCGUAUUCGCAACACAUCGCGCAUCACCAGUCUUCCCAGCGGUAUCUUGAACAUUAGCCGUGUGGAGCUAGGUGACGAGGGCUCAUACACAUGUGUAGCUUCCAACCCGGCUGGUCGUAGGAGCAGUACAGGCUUUCUCACCAUCCAUGUGCCACCCGAGAUUGUGGUGGCGCCAGACCCUCUCUACGUCAGAUCUGUGGACAGUGAAUUCCGUCUGCUAUGUGUAGCCAGCGGAAAGCCAGACCCGGUGACAAUUUGGCUGUUCAACAACAGGCCAGUGGACCAGUCUCGUGUGCGCGUCAACAGCAACACGCUGACCGUGUCUCGUCUGUCUGUCGCCGACGAAGGCAGUUACACAUGCCUGGCAAACAAUGAUGCUGGAACGACUAACAGCACCACUGCUCUAAUUGUGCAAGGUAACUUUCAGUAA